CCCCUCUCCGGGAUUUCACGCGUUCCGUUGCCAUGGAGCCGAGUUUGUUUCUUUCCUCCAGUUCACACAAAGUGAGAGGUUGUGCUUUAAAAAAUAAAGUCAAGACCUUGUGGAAAAACUCUGGAUAAACGUGACUGUCUUGGCUGUUCAAACGUGCUGGGUAUGUGGACAACAAAGAGCAAGUUUUUACGUUUUCCAGCACGGUAAGAAGCGCGUGCCAAACACAAGGAAAAAACGUUAUCCCAUUAAGCGUGAAGCCUCUGUCUAACCCCACAAUGAGUGGCAGAGUAGCAGAGGGCCGCCUGCAGGUCCUUCAGAUCUACCGCCUGCUGCAGUAUGUCCAUAAGGCCGAUAAGGUGCAGAUAGAAAAGAUGGUGAACCUCGGGAUGGAAAACCUCAUCAAUCUCACUGAGCCAAAGGACGGCACAGGGGUGCUUCACGUGGCAGUUUCAGCCAACAAUCAGGACCUGGUCAGCUUCCUUCUCUCUCAGGGAGCCCGCCCCAACAUCCAGGACAAGAGAGGUCGCACCCCAGUCAUGUUAGCGGCUGAGCUAGGCAACGAGGACAUAGUGAUACUGCUGGCCCAGAACCGUGCUAACCUGAGGUUCCAAGACGCCGAGGGCAAAGGUGUGCUGUUCUACUGCAUGUACCCCACCAAAAGCCACACCCGCUGCCUGCAGGUGGCGCUGAAGUGCCAGGCAGACGUCAACAACGUGUCAACACAAGGGACUCAUGUCUUCCAGCUGAUGUGUGAGAAAGCCCAGGAGUGCGCUCCCAUGUGUCUCAUUAUGCUGGAUGGAGGGGCAGACCCCAAUGCAACGAAUCAGAAAACCGGAGUCACAGCGUUGAUGGAAGCAGCCAAAGUCGGAUCCCUGCAGCUCGUUAAAGCCAUUCUCAAAAAAGGGGGAAACCCCAACGCCCUGGACCGAAAACGCUUCACAGCAGUACACUAUGCUGCCAUGGGGGGCUGUUUUGAGGUGAUCCAGGUGUUGUCUGCGUACUCAGCAGACAUGGGUGUGAUUAACCUAGAGGACUGCACACCCUUACACUACGCUGCUGCCGCAGGGGACGCGAACUGCUGCAAGUUCCUGGCACAGAGAGGUUGUAACCCCAAACUGAAGAACCAGGAAGGUUUGCUGCCACGUCAGAUUGCCAAAGACGCCGGUCACAAAGCUGCAGCCAAGGAGCUGAGGAAAGCAGAGAAGCAACAGGGGAAAGGCAACAAGUCCAGCGGUGUCGGCCCCAUGUCAGACCUCUGGGCCCUGACCCUCCACGACUGGUCCAACGAGAACGAGACUGAUCUGCGGCGAGCCAUUGGGGACAAAUCAGACACGGUUCCAGCAGAGAUGUUCAUCUCAGUGUUAGAAGAAUUAAGAGCUCCAGUUGAGCUGGAUCAGAUCCACACAGUCAUCUCAGCCCACGACAGGGGGAGAGAUGGGGGUGUCAGCAUUAACGAUUUCAUCAAAGGUGUCAAGUACAUCAAGAAGCCGUUCCUCCUCUCCUCGUACAUGCCCAAAAAGAAAAAGGGGGAAAAAGGAGGGAAAGGAGGUAAGAAGAAGGGUAAAUUCGUCCUCCCCCUGCCCAUUUGCACCCACCCACCAGAGCUCAUGCCACGGCGACCGGACGGAGGCCCACCCCACUUCAUGAUCGAGACGUACUACAACUGCUCAGACGUCCGUCGAUUCGGCCGCGACCAUCCGCCACAACAUCCCUUAAUUAAUGACUCAGCAUAUUACAUAGACAAGCCCGAUAAGGUCUAUGUCAACAUCAACUACUGUGUGAAGAGUGGCGAUCUGGAGUCUCUGGACCUCGCUUUCAGUCAGGGGGUUCCUGUGGACGUUCAGGAUCCGUUUUACAAGACCCCGCUGAUGGUGGCCUGCUCCAGUGGUAACUACGAGGUGGCUCAGUACCUUCUCAGCCGGGGAGCGGAUGUGAAUACGUGCGACCAGUUCUUCUGGACGCCCCUCCACCAUGCGGCUCACGCAGGCCAAGUGGAACUUAUUGAACUUCUGGUGGAAGCUGGGGCCGUCGUUGAUGCCCCGGCCCUCAGUGGAGGCACGCCCCUCAUGAGGGCUAUCGAGAGCUCUCGACCCUCCUGUGUGGACUUCCUCAUCAAAGCGGGUGCCAACGUGAAUGCGGAGAACAAGAAAGAACAAAACUGCCUCGACAUCGCCAGAGCUUUUGCAGACUCCAGGAUAAUUGACUUGGUCAAAGACAAGAUGGAUUCUCUGCCUAAACCAAAGGAGACAAACAAGGGAAAGGGGGGCAAACCUCAAAAGUCUAAACCUGGGAAAGAAAAGGUCAUUCCUCCAGGAGCUGCAGACACAUCAACUGUAACGGUGGGGAAGACGCCUACUCAGAAAGAGUCAAAGAGCAUCAUCCUGCACAACACCAGCAUCACUACUGGGAAAACCAACACUGUGGAUAUCACCUUUGUGCCAAAAACGGUUUGGGGAAAGCCGCCGACAACCAGCCAGCUGAUGUCAAAGAUAGAGAGACGGAAGGAGCUCUUAUCCCUCGAGUUGGACUUUGACGACUUCAUGAUGCCUUUCAGCCAGAACAUGCAGAGGAAGACGCUGAAGCUAGCAAAAACCACAGAAUAGCCUGGAAGGAGGUUAGGCAGUGAGAGAUACAUAGACAUUUUGGAAUCACAGUCUGUUAUUCGAGCUGGCUGGUCACCCUUAACAAUUGUGGACACUGGAUUCAUCAAUUUCAUUACUUUAUUUAACAUAGUUGAACAUCAUGUUACUAAAUCUCUCAUUUUUAAUCUAGUCAUUUAUAGUUUCAGAUCAUGCAUCAUAUAUACAUACUCAGAAACUGUCAGAAGGACGGUACAUGUUUGCUGCUAUCUUAUCAGGGAGACAAUCUACUUUUAGUACUAAUCAAAUGACAAAUCAACGCAAAAAUGAAUACUGUAUUCAAACACACCAUACAGCACUGUAUAUACACAAAGCUCAACUAGAUACUGUUUCUCCAUCCUGCAAACUGUCAAGUAAAAAUCGUCAAUACACCGGAACAAAUUUCUCC